AUGCCCAGGAUGGUGCUUUGCGCAGAGACUGGCUGCGACACGGGAAAGAAUGCGGUCAAGCUCGGAGACAGUCAACCGAGUACAGUGACGGUCAUUGGAAGUACCAGCUGGCCCGGCAUUUCCUCCACCACGUCUCCAUUUACUCAGACAAGCCCUCUCGUGACCGAGGGUACCAGCACAAGUGACUCGGACAGCCUCACUGAGAGUACCACGAGUAGCACGGAGAUCAGUUCGACCCCGACGUCGUCGCCCACCACCACCACCACCAGCGGACCGACGACUGCCGCGGGAGCCUCGGCAACAUCAAACACGCCUGAACCAUCUCGGGAGAGUGGCGGUGGCGGCUCGAGCAACACGGGGCUUGCAGCAGGACUGGGAGCUGGAUUGGGAGCGGCGGCGGUGAUCAUCGGAGUCCUGAUCUUCGUCUUGUUCCGCAAGAGGCGUCACAGCAAGGCGAUGAGAGCGCACCUUGCAGCAAAUGGAGGUCACGGCGGCAGCGGCGGCGGCAGCCUCCUGGACCAAGACCAGAUGAUGCAGAAGCCCUUCGUGGUGGCGUCUCAGCCUGGAUCUCUACAUGUGGCUUCAGAAGCACCAACAUCUCCUGCGUAUCCCCGCCCUGAAUUGGCUGGGGCGGGAGAAUACGACCGAGCUGAAAUGCCGGCCGGGCUGGAGGGCGAUGGGCUCCAUCAUCGAAGGAGCACGGAGAGAGCUGAACUUGGGUCAUGA